CAUUUAGCUUUAGCUGCUCAACAGAACCGGCAACAAGUCUGUCGUGUCAGUCGUAGUCUAGCGAUCCCAUGCGAUGGUCAAUCACCAGCCACAAGAUCUUAGAUCUCAUAUAGAUCCUAAAUCUAAAAUUAUCAUUACGUGGUUUAAUAAAAAUUUUCUACCAACAUCAACAUCAACAAUAAUAAUAAACUAAAAAAAAUUUAAUUUGAAUUAAUCAUCAGUGCCUUAAAUAUUUAUUUAUUAAAUACGAUAUGAGUAAUUGACCAGUGUACUAAUAAUAAUAAAAAGGGAGACCAAGUGAAAUUAAUUUCUAUGACUCUUGUUCAUUUUUAUUAAUCGACACAAUUGAAAGUAACUACCGCCUAACAGUGUUUAUUUUUAUUUCAUAUAUUUAUUAAAUACUUAUUAUUAUUUUUUUUUCUAACUAAUUUAUUUGUGCCCGUAUUAAAAAUUUGGUUUAUUCAAAUUUAUUAUGACAAUUAAAUCGAUUAAUUUCGUUAUGAAAUUCAAUUAGCGAGUGAUAUUUUAAUACAUAUGUAACAAAAAAAAAGGUGACAACUGUACCGGAAGAGAACGGCUUCAGAAUGCCCCGCGCAUCAGUAGUACACAUGACAUCGACCGCAACUCGACCCCAGCAUCUAUCUCAGGUGCUGGCGACAUUGGCACUAUCAAUGGGAACACUGUCAUGCGGACUAGCUAAAGGUUAUACGUCACCAGCAGUAGACUCAAUUCUGGAUAGCCAGCCGCACCUCUAUCAAUCAUCAGGGAAUGAGACUUGGUGGGCGUUUUCAGCGACCAAGCAGGAAGCCUCGUGGGUGGCAUCGCUCUCGAUGUUGGGUGCGGGGUUUGGCGCCAUGAUCGGUGACUGGAUAAUGCGACGUGGUCGGAGGCUUGCUCUCCGUCUUACGUCCUUGCCUUUAGCGGCUGUUUGGAUCCUUACUGGAAUAGCGCCCUGCGUUGAACUUGUCUUCACAACGAGCUUUAUCGGCGGGCUUUGUUGUGCGGUCAUCACAAUGGUUGCCCAAGUUUACAUAUCCGAAAUAUCAAUGCCGGCAAUCAGGGGCUGCCUCUCGGCGAUGUUAAAAGUCGUUGGGCACGUGGGCGUACUUUUUUCAUACAUUGCUGGUUCCUACCUCAAUUGGCGUCAAUGUGCCGUUGUUGUUGCUAUUGCGCCGACAAUGUUAUUUGUCGGUACUCUUUUUAUUCCAGAAACCCCAUCAUAUCUUGUACUUAAUGGCCGUGAUGAAGAAGCGACGGGUAGUCUUAAAUGGUUACGUGGAUCUCACGUUGAUGUUCGACAAGAAUUACAAGUCAUCAAGACAAACGUGCUGGCGUCACGGGCCAAACAAUACGAGCUGACAUUUCGUAACAGCGUAUUGACACCACGUUUAUAUAAACCCAUUGCCAUAACAUGUGGGCUGAUGUUUUUUCAAAGAUUUUCGGGUGCCAAUGCAUUCACCUAUUACGCAGUUAUUGUAUUUCGACAAACAUUAGGUGGUAUGAGCCCACAUGGAGCAACAAUUGCUAUUGGUUUUGUUCAACUUCUUGCAUCAUUACUCUCAGGCUUCUUAAUAGACAUUGUAGGAAGACUACCACUCCUGAUAGCCAGUACGGUAUUCAUGUCACUGGCACUGGCAGGAUUUGGUAGCUAUGCAUACUACAAUUCAGUAUCACAAAAUAUGAUUGAGAAUGCAACGACAAUAGGACAACACGACUGGAUACCCCUACUGUGUGUCCUGGUGUUCACAACUGCCCUUGCGCUGGGCAUAUCGCCAAUUUCGUGGCUAUUGAUUGGUGAGCUCUUCCCGCUCGAGUACCGUGGCCUCGGCUCUAGUAUCAGCACUAGUUUUAGCUACUUCUGCGCGUUCUUUGGCAUCAAACUCUUCAUGGACUUUCAGCAGUUACUGGGUCUUCAUGGUGCAUUUUGGUUCUAUGCUGCCGUAGCGGUAUGCGGAUUAUGUUUCGUGGUAUGUUGCGUACCCGAAACAAAAGGUAAGCAACUGGAUGAAAUGAAUCCAGAUUACGCACAGGCACGGUAG